AUAUCAACACAUGAACGCGCUCUCUUGAUCUCUUGUUUACAGAGUUCACAGACUGAUUGUCGAUUUUCCUGAGGCAUUUUUAUCUCACUAUGGCUUUUUUCUGCCCCAUGAGAAUUCCAAGAAGACGAAGGAAACGAUAUCGAGAUGAAGAACAAAAAGACACCACUCGAAAUGGAAAUGCUAAGGGAAGGAUCACAGGUAGCAAUAGUGUGGACUCUAUUGUGGAUCUUGGAAAAGAAGAAGAGGAUAACGAGAUCGAAUUUGAACCACGGAAGAUGGUUGUGCUUCAUGAUUUUAUACCCUGCGUCGAAGAUGAGGUCGCGGUAAAGCGCGGUCAACAUGUCAAAGCUCUUUACCAAGAAACAGACUGGAUCUAUGUCAUAAUAAAUGAUGGAAAGGAAGGUUUUAUACCAUUUACGUACUGCGUCCCAGAGGAGGAAUACGAAAAGCGGAAAGAGAAGCAGAAAGGGCUCCAAAGGAAUAACUUUCGAAACGCUUCGUUUCUCGAUUCUUUGCAUGUGCAAACAGAUAAUCCACCGUCGUAUAAUUUUAAGAAAGAUGAUUUUGGUGAUUACAUCGUCAGAUUUGAGUUUAUUGCCUGCGAUGAGAACGAUAUUUAUGCCAAGAAAGGAGAUAGAGUUCGCGUUUUAAACAAAGAUGACAAGGAUUGGUAUUGGGUCUCAAAGAAGGAUGGUGUUGAAGGAUUUAUUCCUAAAGAUUUUCUUGUUCCGCUGGACGGAUUCGAAAAUGGCGAUUUAAGUCCAUCAACUGUUCAAAAUCAUUUGAAUGGUGGCAGAAGAAUAUCUGAGACCCGAGUUUCGCCAUUGUCAACACAAGUUGGAAGCCCUUACAGAAUAACAACACCAGAUUCCAACAGGUCAACAAAAAGUACAAACUCAUCCUCAGAACCUUUGUUAAUCACUCCUUCCUCUAGCCUAAAUGGCUACAGCCUUGUCACUCCAAACAAUAAGACAGAAGCAUACCACCAACGUCGUAGCACUAAUGAGCUUUUGCUUUAUGGACAAGAACUUGUCUGUACUGAUACCUACAUAGCUAGAAGGAUGGAUGAACUUACUGUAAAUAAAGGUGAUUGGAUUUAUGCUGACAUGAAAAUCAAAGAUGCAAGGGGCUGGAUUUGGGCAUACUCACCUUCAAACAAGACACAGGGCUAUGUCCCCAAGUCAUGUGUAAGACCACCAGCAACCACACCUCUUUGAUUAAAAUUCAGGUAGUAUCGUUUUUGUGCAUCUUUAGGAUAAAAUAACUGGGACUAUUUUAGACUAUUUUAGAGACAAAAAGUACAGACUACUAUUAUUGUGAAAUUGUCAGGAUGUGCAGCAAACACGCUGUGUCAAUACAUUUUAAAUGUUCUUGAAGAAAGUGCAUAUUGAUUUUUCAAUGAAUCUGAUUUGAAUGUUUUAUAUAUAUAUGAUAUAUUAAGCAUAAUUUGUAAAGGGAGAAUGAAUAUUUUAUGAAUUUAAGGAAUUCACUUAGAAGAGAUCUGUACUUGAAAUAUUCUGGAUGUUAGUCUAAAGUCAAUUUGAGCCCUUUCAUCCUUGUGACAAAUCCUUCAUGAAGUUUAACUCAUGAGACAACUGUUAUUUGAAGUGAAACAUCACCAUCAACAUGAUGUUAUAGAGUGUUUGACGCAAUGUAGUUUAUGUGAGUAGAAUUUGGAUAGUGCACUCUAGGAGACUGGUAGACUUGCUGGAAACUAGUGUUAAGGAUUUGUCACCAUGGAUUUAUUAACCUUAAGACAUGGUACCAAACAAUUGAAAUGUUAAAAAGACAAAGGCUAAGAAGCCACCCCCAUUGUGAUUAUUUUUUGGAACUCCUCUGUUCAGGGUUUUAUCUUCCACCCAGCUCCUCUUUUUGUAGUUCUUAAAGAAUUUCUAAUGAGUCAUAAGUGAUAAAGAUUCAAAGUAAUCCUUGCCUUGGAAAAAGAUGUUUACUAGUAAGUUUUUAUAAAAAAAUAUUUUUGAAGAUUCCAGAGACAUCUAUAGUCAAAUGUGUACUAACCCUCAGCACUGUUAGCCAGUGAUUAUAAAAGAUCCAAUACGAGGAAAAGGUAGUUUCUAACCCUUUCACUAGUCUAGCUAGUCUUCUUAUUGUACGCCAUGCAACUCAUAUGAUGUUAGGUUGGAGAAUUUGGUAUUGGAUUAGUUAAUUACCAUCCAAUCAAUACUUUUCUUUAUUCUCAUUGCUUGUCUACUUGAUAUUGUAUCGAUAUUGUAAGGAGAAAUUCUGUCUCGGUCACUCAUGGGAGUUGAAGGGUUAAAGACAAUAAGCUUCAAAAUGAUUUAAGCAAAGUUUUGAAUUUUUGUUAAUGUAAGGAAUCAUUUAGUCAGUGGCUAGGUUUUUAGGCACCCGAGUUGUCACAUGAUUGUUUUGUUUUCAUGAUUUGCACAUAAGUAUUAAAUCGUUAAGUUUCUUGCAGUGAGUGAGCCCAUUUUAUAUGCAUUGUGUAUGUAGCUUGUUGAUUCUUAGCCAAUUGGUGUUAAUUUCAUUAUAUGACUGAGUAACUUUUUAUUAGCAAGUAUUUACAAUAGAUGCAAACUAGUGUACUCAUUAAAUAUUAUUGAGCUAAGAAGGUACUCACAGAUUCUGUAUUUUCAGACAGGUAAACUGCAGUAUUUAUAUAAAUUUAUGAGGAAUUUUAUUAAAGUAUUGUAUUUAUUAA